ACGUUCGAGUCGAAGUCUCCAAAACUGCUGUCUAGUUAGGCAGCUCGGUAGAAUUUGACACAUCCUCCAUGAGGCUUUGAGCGGGGUCCUCGUUCGUUCACACACAGGAAGGCGAGAGAGCUGUUAGCUAGCACAGACAUCGGACAACUGUAAACAACUCACUUUAUAAACCUCACAACUCAAAAAAGACUGGACGCUUACUUGAGCAACCAUUUGCAUGCCUUUUAAAAGUUGUUUUAAAAAGCGUGUUUGGCUGUUGAUGUCUGUACUGUUGUACGAAUAGGACAGGCUUGCGUUAUUUACAAAACUGGCAUGCAAGCUGCUAGUCAAGCGCGCACCCGACAGCACAGCUAAGCUUCUGUCAGUACGGGCUGCUUUGCUUGUUUCAUGAAAACUCUCGCGCCCAUUUUUAUAACUUAACACAUGACAGAAAUGUCAUAUUAUGUGUUACGGAGUGAAACGGGACGAAUUUAACUGUGAAGAAUGUUUCAAAUGGAUUAUUAGCUUGUCGAAGGUUUGUUUUCUUAGUUAGCAUAUAAGCUAAAGCUAGCUUCGUACAACCUCGCUCGAAAAGCUAACUUCUCUGCAAUUGCAUGACUUAUUUAAGUAAUGACAGUAACAUAUAUGCUAUGGUUUAAAUACUAUUCUCUGUACAAGUUUAUAAAAUCAUUGUAUGUGAUUGACAAGCUAGCUAGACUUGACUUGCUAAAAGUAAUUUGAAAUUGUGUCAGAGACAGUUAUGGUAAAAUGCUAAAAGGAAAGGUGCUAAAGUUUUCCUAAACAUACCACAAAGUGUUUGAGUUGGUGGACUGGUAACUUAAUAUGGAAGGUCCUACAAGUGUCAGUAUGGUACAGGUAAAGAUACUGAUGGAGACUCUUAACACCCAACAACUGCAGAGAUGAAUUAACCAGGAAUCAAAUGGUUUUUAAAGUCCUCAAACAUGGGUGAUAUGAAGACCCCUGAUUUUGAUGAUCUUUUGGCCGCCUUUGACAUCCCUGAUGCGACCAGUUUGGGUGUCAAAGAGGCCAUACAGGAGCAUCAUGAUGAGGGAGAGGGACAUCUAAAGCACUCGGACAUGUGUAUGGAUGCCACAGCUUUGAUCCCUCACCCCACAACAGAUGCCCCUGCUGUCAGUGUUAUAGUAAAAAACACCAGCCGCCAAGACUCUUAUGAACAUCUUGUGGAGAAAGAGGGCUCACAUUUGGGACACCUUUUGCAAAAUGGGUUCAAAUCUUCUGCAGGCUCACUAGAGGCGCAUCAUACUGAGACUCAUCCCAUCAGUUAUCCAAAGCUGGAUACAGCUUCUGUCAAUGGAAACUGUCCAGAACGUUUCUCGGAAAAGAGCCCUGAAAAAAAUCCCACUAUGUUAAGGGCAGUUCCUCAGUUUAGCCCCAUAUCUAGUCCAGAGUCUGAAGAUGUUCAGAGCAAUGGAAUUGUUGACCAUCCAAAAUCUCCAUACUUCCCAAAUGAUUCACUGUUUACAUCUUCACCUUUUCCUAUGUUAGACAGUCAUGGAAAAUUACAAGCUUGCAGUCAGACGUACAAGUCCCAUGAAAGACAUCUUGGUUCUAAAAAUAUGGAUGAUGUCAAGAAUAAUGAUGACUCCUCUUUCAGAGAGAGUUUUAAAGAUGAUAAAGAUAAAAUAGAAACAUGUUUUGAUUCAGUCCCUAAGAAAGACAACACUGAAGAUUUUGGAACAAAUGCGUGUCCAACCCCCGAGACAAACAUUUCUUCUUCUCGCACGUGUGUCAAAGCUUAUACCUCUAGGUUGUCUUCUUGUUUAGAUGCAUUAGCAUCCCUAAAUGCUAAAAGGGAUCCAAGUGAGCAAAGUAAUUCAGUAACCUCAAAAGAUCCAAUAAAAUUUAGUCCAAAAAUACCCAUAUCACCAAGGAGCCCCAGGAGUCCUCUUGAGGUGGUGAAACGUUUCGCAAGACAGCCUGACAGCCCCAUGAGCAUAUGCAGUGAUAGCAGCGGUAAAGCGUCUCCAGCUGUUGCUACCGGCUCACCUCCGGCAAUACCAAGAGUCAGAAUAAAGACAAUCAAAACCUCAUCUGGAGAAAUCAAACGUACUGUCACAAGCAUAUUACCGGACUCUGAAACUGAAGAUUUCCAGUCACCUUUUGGAUCAUCUCCAAUAUCUCAGUCCUCAGUUGAAGAUGCCUUCUCUAAAACAUUGCCUGUGUAUCGUUCAAAUGAAAUCAUUUCUGAGGUCAUUUUUGAAGAUGGAAAGCAGGAGGCCUCAAAGACGGCUUUAUUGGGUAGCAAACCGGUAAGGAGCGCAAAGAAACCUCAAUCCCAAAAUAAUGAUCAUGUAUUAAAAACAACACAAGGAGGGAAUAAGCAGAGGAAGGCCAAUGCUGCUCAGAUGGGUUCUUUGGCUAAUACAAAUUACCUUCCAAAAGCAUUACACUUAGCUAACCUAAAUCUAGUCCCUCACAGUGUGGCUGCUUCAGUUACAGCAAGAUCUUCCAGCAACAGACAAGACCGCUCUCGGUUAUCAUCUUCAGCGGUUUGCAGUUCUGUACCCUUAGUGCACCAAGUCAAAAAAGUCUCCCCAAACGCACGGGCUGUUACCCCGAAUACUGCAGCUGGAACUUUAAACAGACUAUUGAAUUAUUCGAACCCCGUGCCAACAUACGUUCCUGACCUGAGUCCACCACCGGGCAGCAAUAUCAAGCUUCCACCACAAGGCUAUUGCUGCCUAGAAUGUGGAGACGCCUUUGGGCUGGAAAAGAGUCUCGCUUACCAUUAUAGUCGGAGGAGCGUGCAUAUUGAAGUAGCAUGUACCCACUGCUCUAAAACAUUGGUGUUUUUUAACAAAUGUGCUCUUCUGGCACAUGCUCGAGAUCACAAGAACAAAGGCAUGGUGAUGCAGUGCACUCAGUUGUUCAUGAAGCCCAUUGAUGUUGAGCAGAUGUUGGUGCCCACCAAGCCUGUGCAGUCGAAGAAUCAGAUACCCUGUGAGAACAACAGAACAGAAUCAUCAAAAAACCAAGUGGUCUUGCCUCUUUAUUCUGACAGAGUUAUUAGACAUGGGUUCAAAUGCCUGGAUUGCAAUAAACAAAUGUCAGACACGACUUCACUUGCAGGACACUAUCAAAGAAUAUCAGUGGAUUCUGAAGGUCUGAUGUGCAAGGUUUGCUCAAUGCUGCUACCAAACAAAUGCAGCUACAUGGCUCAUCAGCGCAUUCACACACAUAAAUCCCCUUAUUGCUGCCCUGAGUGUGGGGCACUCAGUCGUUCUGUGGAUAUCCAAAAGCAUGUAAAGGAGAAUUGUCUUCACUAUGCCCGCAAAAUCGGGUACUCGUGUCUGCAUUGUGAAAUGCUUUUCAUGUCACUGUCCCUCUUGAAGAGUCACAUUGAGGACAAACAUUGUCAGGUCUUCUAUAAAUGUACCAUCUGUCCUGUAGCCUUCAAAUCUUCUGAUGGCUGUCUGGCACACGUGAAAAGCAAGCAUGGUGGCAGUGAACCUGACCAUCAGGUGAUCUGCAAGUGUUCCUGUGAAACAGUCUUUAAGAGAAAACAGCUGUUGUAUCAACAUUGCCAUCAUCGUAUUUCUGUGUUCAAGUGUCCAAAGUGCACAUCAUUUUUCCCAGAGAAGAUACUUCUGGCGCAACAUUUCAAGGGUGUUCAUGUUAAAGUUCUCAAAGGUGAAGCAGAGAAAAGCCAAACAGAGACAACAUCUUUCUGUGAUACAGUGUCAUCACAAAACCUUCAACCAAGGUCCACCAAACCUGCUAAUGAGGCCUGCAUUAAAGUAAGAGACAGCUCUGCUGCACGGAGGUCAAAUAGUGGACAUAGUGUGAAGAACGCUGGUUGGACCUGUGCACAAUGUCUACUGUGGGUCGCUGACAGAGAGGCCUACAUCAGUCAUAUGAAGACCAGCCAUGGAAGGUCUGUAAAGAAACAUCCAUGUCGACUGUGUGAAAGAUCCUUCAAUUCACCCUUGAGUCUUAGACGACACGUUCGCAGUGACCAUGAUGGAAAAAAGAAAGUUUAUACAUGCUGGUACUGCACAAAUGAGAACAUAACCUUUACUAAACACUCUAUGCUGAAGAAUCACAUUAGCUUGAUGCAUGGAAUCAAGAAUCCAGAUUUCAGCCAGAUGGCAAAGUUGGCAUCUCAGGAGGUGGGAAAAACUACAAGCGAGAGGCUGAAAAGAAGAGCAGAGGAAGCCAAUGGAAAGACAGCAAAAGAAGGAACAUCAUAUUGUUCUCCUGCCAAGCGUCCUAAGCCACUUUAUCGCUGUGCCAAAUGUGGCUUUACCUCAGAAGACCAAGCGCAGUUUCAGGAGCACAUACCUCAACACAGAACCGACAGUGACACGCCCCAGUGCCGGUAUUGCGGCCUUUGUUUCACAUCUCAGCAAGCGCUCAGCAGGCAUCUCUUCAUUGUGCAUAAGGUCAAAGAACAAGAGGAGCAGCAGGACUCUAAAAAUGAGGUAGCAAAUCGAAAAGGACUAAACUCAACUGACUUGAGAGGUGGAAGAAAACUUGUACCUCUUUUGCCAAAAUUAACUCUCCUGUCCACAGAGGGAGACCACAGUAAGUCUGUGACCCUUGAGUCCAUAGACCGUGCUUACAGCAACACACAGACAUCAGAAACAAAGAAAGAAAAGACCUGAAAAACAGAACACUUUACAUGGAAAGCUGCUAAUCAACGUGAUUGCAAACAAUGAUGGGCAGACAUGCCUUUUAGCUGAAUAUGCAGCUAAUAAAUGUGGUACAGCAAACAUGUUGCCUUACAGUGAAAUAUUAUAUCUCAUAAAAAUAUUAUAAACAGACUUAUAUUCAGAAUUUCAUUGCAUUAACAUAAAACUGUUGGAUACAUGCAA